CAAUUUUCUUGAAAUGUUUUGUGUAAGCUGAAGUUACAGCAUAAAGAGCUGUACUCAGUUUUUUAUUAUUACACAGUAGAAGUUAGUUUGAAUUAUUUUUACCAGUCAAGUGUUUAAUGUCCCUUUAAAUGUGAAGGAAGAGGAUGAGACAGAUGACAUGAAUAGUCAUCAGACUGAAAUACAUUGCUCCCUCCCUGCCGGGCGUCUAGAGGAAAACGCAGGCACUGGGCUAUUAAAUGUGAAGGAAGAGGAUGAGACAGAUGACAUGAAUAGUCAUCAGACUGAAAUGCAUUGGUCCCUCCCUGUCGAUGAAGACAACGCUGAUAAAGUGAAAGUCGAGAUAACAGAAGAUCUUUGUGUGACGCUGGGAACCCCAGAUGAGGAAACCAGUUACAGUUUUAGCUCAUGGCGUCUAGAAGAAAACCCGGGCACUGGGCUAUUAAAUGUGAAGGAAGAGGAUGAGACAGAUGACAUGAACAGUCAUCAGACUGCAAUACAUUGCUCCCUCCCUGCCGAUGAAGAUAAAGCUGAUAUAGUGAAAGUUGAGAUAACAGAAUAUCUGUGUGUGAGGCAUCAGCUGGAAGCACCAGGCCGUAUGGAUGUGUCUUCUUCAGAUGACUCAGCAGCUGAGCACAGAGGAGAACCGUAUGUGUGUGAUUAUAUGAAGACUGAGGAGGAUGAAAUUCCUAUAAAUACGGCUACAGGUGAUGUUAAGACUGAAGUCACACUUAAUGCUGAACAGACUAAUGAUCUGCAAGCUGUGAAGCAGGAAAUCGGUUACAAUAUCUGUACAGGUGAUGUUAAGACGGAAGUCACACCUAAUGCUGAACAAACAAAUGAUCUGUAUGUAAAGUGUCAUUUGGAAGCUGUGAAGCAGGAAAUCAGUGACAAUAUCAGUACAGGUGAAUUUUCAAAUUGCAGUAAUCCUAGUCUUAGCCAUGGUGAAAAUACAGAUACUUGUUUCAAUCCUGUUCCAAAUCAUAGAAGCAACAUGGGAAUAUUAUGUUCUGAAUUUGGGAAUUGUUUUGCUCGGAAAUCAACUCUUAUUACACAUCAGAAAAUUCAUACAGGAGAGAAAGUUUUUGCAUGUUCUGAAUGUGGGAAGUAUUUUACUAAGAAAUCAAAUCUUAUUACACAUCAGAAAAUUCAUACAGGAGAGAAAGCAUUUUCAUGUUCUGAAUGUGGGAAGUGUUUUACUGAGAAGUCGAAUCUUACUAAACAUCAGAAAAUUCAUACAGGAGAGAAAGCAUUUUCAUGUUCUGAAUGUGGAAAGUGUUUUGCUUGGAAAUCAAAUCUUAUUACGCAUCAGAAAACUCACAGGAGAGAAAGCAUCAUGUUCUGAAUGUGGGAAGUGUUUUACUGAGAAAUCAACUCUUACUAGACAUCAGAAAAUUCAUACAGGAGAGUGAGAAUUUUUUAUGUUCAUUAAUGUAAAAAGUGUUUUACUGAGAAAUGAACUCUUAAUACACAUCAGAACAUUCUUACAGGAGAGAAAGCAUUUUCAUGUUCUGAAUGUGGGAAGUGUUUUACCAGCAAAGGAAAUGUUGUUACUCAUCAAAAACUUCAUACAGGAGAGAAAGGAUGUCAGUGUUCUGAAUGAGGGAAAGUUUUGCUCAGAAGUUACAACUUAAAACACAUUGGAAAAUUCAUAUCGGAGAGAAAGCACUCAUGUUUCCACAGGAUUAAACCCUACAUUAACAACAAAAGUGCAAAAAUUCCAAAAACCCUUGUCUGGUUUCAGAUAGUCCCCCUAGUUGCAUAAAAUGCAUUGUGACAUAUAUAUAUGUAUAUAUAUAUAAUUUUUUUUAUUAUUAUUAUUUUACUUUAGAUUUUUAUGAAAA